GUGAAGACUGAUGUGAGGCGUAUGGUUGAAGACGUGGUAAAGAUGGGCACCGAUUGCGUCCGGAAGUACCAUCAGCUGUAAGUGAAGAUCCUGAGCCCAAGCUCACAGCCGAAAGCUCCCCAGCACCCAAGACCAUGGAGCUCUCUGACAGCGAUCGCCCGGUCAGCUUCGGCUCCACGUCGUCCUCGGCCUCUUCCCGGGACAGCCAUGGUUCCUUUGGCAGCAGAAUGACUUUGGUUUCAAAUAGCCACUUGGGCUUGUUUCCCCAGGAUAAGGAAGCAGGGGCUAUCAAACUGGAACUGAUUCCAGCCCGCCCAUUUUCCAGCAGUGAGCUGCUGAGGGACAACCCCACUGGGCCCCAGAACAUGGAUGGAGACAAUGAGAGGCAGCCCAGAACCCCAUGGAAGGGGGAUGCCACCGGGACCCCCAAAACAACCACAGACUUGGCCACCAGUCCUAAGCUGCUCUACGCAGACAGAGUUGUGCGGGAAAUUCUGGACACUGAAAGGACUUACGUGCAAGACUUAAAAAGCAUUGUGGAGGAUUACCUCGCCUGUAUCAGGGACCAAACAAAACUCCCCCUGGCAACCGAAGAUCGAGCCGCCCUUUUUGGAAACAUACAGGACAUCUACCACUUCAAUAGUGAACUUCUGCAGGACUUGGAAAACUGUGAAAAUGAUCCUGUGGCCAUAGCAGAAUGCUUUGUGUCCAAGAGUGAAGAGUUCCACAUUUAUACUCAGUAUUGCACCAACUACCCAAGGUCAGUGGCUGUGCUUACAGAAUGCAUGAGGGACAAGAUUCUGGCCAAAUUCUUCCGGGAGCGCCAAGAAGCUUUGAAGCACCUGCUGCCUCUAGGGUCCUAUCUCCUGAAGCCAGUGCAGCGGAUCCUCAAGUACCAUCUCCUCCUGCAUGAAAUAGAAACUCACCUGGACAAGGACACGGAGGGCUACGAGGUGGUGCUGGAUGCCAUUGACACGAUGCAGCGUGUGGCCUGGCACAUCAACGACAUGAAACGGAAACACGAGCAUGCCAUCCGGCUGCAGGAGAUCCAGAGCUUGCUCACGAACUGGAAGGGCCCAGACCUGACGAGCUAUGGAGAGCUGGUGCUCGAGGGGACCUUUCGCAUCCAGAGGGCCAAGAACGAGAGGACGCUCUUCCUCCUGGACAAGCUGCUGCUCAUCACGAAGAAGAGGGACGACGUGUUUGCCUACAAGGCUCACAUCCUGUGCGGAAACCUCAUGCUGGUAGAAGUCAUACCCAAGGAGCCGCUCAGCUUCAGCGUCUUCCACUACAAGAACCCCAAACUUCAGCACACCGUUCAGGCGAAAUCCCAGCAAGAGAAGCGCCUCUGGGUCCUGCACCUGAAGAGGCUCAUCCUAGAAAACCAUGCUGCGAAGAUUCCAGCAAAGGCCAAGCAAGCAAUUCUGGAAAUGGAUUCCAUCCACCAUCCAGGAUUCUGUUACAAUCCUGAGGGAGACACGAAAGCAUUUUGUGGCUCCAAAGAAGGAGCCACACCAUACCGGCUGAGAAGAAAAUCUGAACCUUCCUCAAGAUCACAUAAAGUUCUGAAGAGCAGUGGAACAGCACAAGACAUCCAGAAGGUUUGCAGAGCGGAAGGCGAAGGCGCGGAGCCGCUGACACCUGCAGGCCCGGCCCCAGCCCCCAGGAGCAGCCAGCCCAGCUCCGCCUUCCUGUCCAUGCUCCGAGGGGGCAGCGCUGUCAGACACAUCUGGACGGACCACCAGAUCAGGCAGGCCUUGUUCCCCAGCCGCCGGCCCCCCCACGAGAAUGACGACGAGGAAGACGACUACCAGAUGUUCGUGCCAUCCUUUUCCUCCUCGGAUCUCAACUCGGCCAGGCUGGGGGAGGAGAGCGCGGUCAGCCGCCCUUGCAGCUGGCAUCUGGGACAGAUGGAGUACGCCGAGAGCCCGGGCUCUGCUCACAGGACUGUCCGGCGGGCCAGCAGUGCCGGGGAGAGCAACACGUGCCCUCCAGAGAUAAGAAUGCGGGACAGUGACAGCUGUCAGUGCGGCCCCCAGGGGGGCCUGCAGAACGGGGGCGCUCAAAGCGAAGGGAGGGAGGGGCUGGUGACCCCCUUUGGGUCAUCGAUCGAGCUGACGAUUGACGACAUUGACCACGUCUACGACAACAUCAGCUAUGAAGACUUGAAGCAGAUCGUGGCCAAGCGGGGAGAAGCCGAAUCCACACCACCCAAACCAGCCAGGGACUCCCUGCGCCCCAAGAGCACCCCAGAGUUAACCUUCUCAAAGAAGCAUGCUGACCACAGAACCCAGAGAGACAGCGCCCCAACGCAGCGGGCGCCAGAGGAGGAGAGGGAGGAGAACGUGUACGACACCAUAGGGCUCCCCGCACCCCCAUCGCGGGACCCCACCUGCGGCAGCCUAAAGAGACCCAAGAGGGGCUCGUUUCUGGGGCUGGAUGCUGACUUUGCCUGCUGCGACAGCCUGAGGCCGUUCGUCUCCCAGGACAGCCUCCAGUUCAGUGAGGAUGACACCCCGUACCCCCAGGGGCCCUCCGAGGAGAAUAACUACUUGAGCUUGCUCUACAGCUCUCCUCCCUGCAACUUGUCCGUGGCCGAUAAAGCUCUGUCCGACAAACUGUCUGAAGAAGUGGAUGAAAUCUGGAAUGAUCUCGAAAACUACAUCAAGAAAAAUGAAGACAAAGCGAGAGACCGACUCCUCGCAGCGUUUCCCGUGAGCAAGGAUGAUGUGCAGGGCAGCCGGCACACGGAGAGCACCCCUAAACUGAGCAGGGAGGCGGGGCGGACGCCAUCUGCCCUGGCCCUUCCUGAGAGCCAGGCUGUUCUGUCUCCUGGAAAGAGCAGGGCUGCCAGAACUAGCAGGGCCAACGGCUCCCUGCAGGAAGACCAGAUUUGCGCAGAAGGCUCCUUUGCGGGCCUCAGUCGCCCCUCUCUGGCCAGUGAAAUGCCUCUGGUGGACAGCGUCUAUGACCUGGUUAGUGACGGUCUCCCCCAAACAGACACGGACACCCCUGACCCUGGGGUGGAUGCCACAGAUAAGACCAAGAGCAGGGUCUUCAUGAUGGCGAGACAAUACAGCCAGAAGAUCAAGAAGGCCAAUCAGCUUUUGAAAGUGAGAAAUCCAGACUUGGAGCAGCCCCUGGCCAGCCAGCAUCAGAAACCCGUGCACAAAGACUUGGCAGCCAUCUUGGAAGAGAAGAGACAAGGAGGGCCCGCUAUUGGUGCCCGGAUCGCUGAAUAUUCCCAACUGUAUGACCAAAUUGUGUUCAGGGAGACCCCCCUUAAAAUUCAGAAGGAUGGCUGGACUGCCACACAAGAAACGUCCCUUCUCCGGGCCUCCUCUCCUGCCCAGACCCAGCGUGCCAGUGAAGACUGGCUAUGGAAUUCAACCUAUAGUAAUGGAGAGUUAGCCGAUUUCUCUCCCCAGCCAGAACAAGACUUGAGAUCAAACUAUCCCACAUUAGAGAUGAGUUCUAAAAGGACUCCCAGACAGCUGUCUGCAGCCUGCUCCGUGCCUUCUCUUCAGGUCUCCGAGCCUCUGCUAGGCUCCACGCAGAGAUGCAGUGUGGUGGUUAGGCAGCCCCACAAAGAGAAUCUGUGUCAGGGCCAGCUUUACAACUCCCUGGGGCGGAAAGGCCUCAGUAAACCUCAGCCUUACAACAGGUCCCAUUCUUCCUCAUCGAUCUUGAUAAACAAAUCCCAGGACUCCAUCAACUACCCUGGGGACAUGGAAAAGAAGCAGCUGCCAUCAGUACACCAAAGUUCCAGGUGCGAAAGUCACCAGGAUUCACUGCCCAGCACGGGAGGCUCCUGCCAACAGGACAGUGACAAGGGCUCUGAUCUCACGCUGCAAGACUCUCAGAAAGUUCUAGUCGUGAAUAGAAACUUACCCUUCCAUGCCCAAAUAGCAGCCCAGAACUAUUUUUCCAAUUUCAAAGAGAUCGAGGGAGACGAAGAUGAUUAUGUAGAAAUCAAAUCAGAGGAAGAUGAGGUGGAGCUGGAGUUGGCCCAGAGCCGUUUGAGGAAAUCUGACAAGCUUUCAGGUGCUGACUUUGCUGAAGAUGUCGGUGGGGACAUAUCCUGUCCGUCAAAUACUCCAUGCCCCCCAAAAGAGCCAAUAAACAGCAAACUUGGGCUGUCCCCGUAUCUGACAGCAUAUGAUGACUCCGACAAACUGAAUGGCUAUCUUUGGAGGGGGCCAUCACCCAAUCAGCAAAAUAUUGUCCAGUCUCUAAGGGAAAAAUUUCAGUGUCUCAGUUCAAGCAGCUUUGCCUAGUAAGAGCUGGAAUAAGAGUUGCCGAAAUGAACUCCUUCUUAGGCUCAUAAGUUACAGAUACUCAUGAGAUGUUUUAUAAUGUACCAGAUCCAAACAAUUCUAUAACAACAAGAGGUGUAAAAAAAAGAAAACACACUUUCUUUGACAGCAUAUUUUGAACUGCUGAUCAUCUAGCCAGGACUGGACUUUAGCAAAUCUAAGCAGAUUAGCAAUGCCUUUCCCCAUGCCGAUCGACUUCACGUUUCAUGUAUGUCGAUCUUGCUUGAAAAUUUGUUUGUUUUUUUAAACACAAUAGCCAUGCCAGUAUUCCCAUACUUGAAGACAAGCAAGAACAUUCAUUCCCAUGUUAUCCAGGAGAUUCACCCUAGCAAAGAGACUUACUUGUUUUUAAAAGGAAACUAAAGAAUGCUUCUUACAUUAGAGAUUUUUGUACAUUUAUGGCAAGACCCUGGAAUAUAGCCUCCCAUAACCUAUUUUAAAUAUUACUGUAGCAAUUCAUUCCCGUAAAGAAAUUGGGUGAUGAAUGAAAAUUAAGAUGUUGCACUUGGGCCAGUUUACUGUAAGCAAAAGUCUCAGUGUUCCUGAACAACACCCCAAGAAUGGACUGCCCUGUGCAUUACAGCGAUUAUGUGAGUCCUGGGGCAAAAUGAAGGAUCCCCUUCAUGUUUUGAAACUCAAGUUCACUCAGAGGCACACUGACUUCACUAUUAGAAAAGAUGGCAAGGUUCCUGGGGACACCUUGAUUAUCUUUGCACACAAAUGAAAGAGAAAACCCCCCCAAACAAAGCCAGCAAUGGUGGCUCAGGCCUGUAAUCCUUGCUGAUACUCAGGAGGCUGAGAUCGAAGGAUGGAGAUUGAAAGCCAACACCAGGAGAAAAGUCUCUGAGAUUCUUAUAUCCAGUUAGCCAACAAAAAGAUAAAAGUGGAGCUGUGACUCAAGUGGUAGAAUACCAGCAUAGAGUGAAACAGCUAAGGGAGCACAAUGCCCUGAGUUUAAGCUGGACUAUCAGCAUGUACGAUGCACACACACGCGAAUGUAUACACACGCGCGUGCACACACACAAAGAAAACACCAAAACACCAACUCCUCAUACCCACAGUGUAAACCCUAAGCUAAAAUAAGGCAGAGCACUUUAAAGUGAUCCAUUCCAGCAGUUUUUCGUAGGCACCUUCCUGAGUUCUUCAGGUUGCAGGAAUGGAGCAGGAAAUUUAUUUUCUCAACACCACAUUCAUACCCUGGGGAUUUCUUUCCAUGGUUCUCGGGUGUAUAACAGCCCAAAGCUGUUGGUGGUUAGUCUCUUAACUACUGACAUCUGUCUUGUCAUUUCAUUGUGGUAUUAUAUAAUAAUGGAACCCCUUGUGAGCAGAGACCAGGGGAAAAGCAAGGGACACGGUGAGCAAAAUAUAAAAAGCUAGAGAGAACACAAAUUUAUUGCUAUUCUAGAAAAUAAUUCAUUUUAUGGAAAAUUCUAUCAAAAGCAGCCAGAAUAUUUUCUCCCCAAACCCUUUGUGUUCCUGUUAAAGGUUCUGUGCAUUCUGUUAUCAUCUCAUGUAUUUUCUAAUUGAAAACAAAAUCCAUUCCAUUUUAAAAUACAUGGUAAUACUCAUAUGGAAAGAGGUCUGGCCUUUCAAUUUAAAGAUAGACUAUCAUAUUGUAUCAGCAAUAUCUUCCCAUAAUUUGUUUCCUUCUUUUCAAGUAGUGUGCCUCGUUUUCUUAACUAUGUAACAAAAUAUGACCACCCUUUCUUUUUUUAAUAAAUAAGUACCUAAGGUAUUUGUUAUUCAUUUUAAAUAAUAAAAAAAAUGGCCCAAGUUACUUGCUCUUCAAAAUAGUCUCACUUCUUGUAGUUCAUCAGACAAAGUCCUGGUGCUGGGUGUGGUUCAGUGGUCCAUCGCUUGCCUAGCAUGCAGGAGGCCCUGCACUUCAUCCUCAGCAUUGUAAGAGAAAAAGAGAAGGUCUGUGUGUGACAGCAUGGUUCUGGAAAUGUGU